CACUACAGAACAGCGGAAGCCGGGGGAGUAGCCAUUUUCUAUUUUGCAAGUUUAAGUUGUGUAACAAGGGAAACAAAAGGACACCGAUUGGGGACUCGGCGUCUCAUUUAGCGCACAUCCACUCUCCAUAGUUGCGGUUAGAUUCGGGCGAAAAAUGUUCUCCCUGUCGUCUUUUCAGCCACAGCAGAUGAUUGUGCCCUUCAGCCAGCUCAUCAGUGCUCUCCACUCCCUGAAGAACACAGCCACAGCUUCAGUGCAGACCCUGCACAAAGACUUAAGUCCUGAGCACACCUGGCUUCCACAAGAGCCAAAUGUGAAACUUCGAGAGUUGGGUCUGUCGGACGUCGGGGAGAGUCAGCUGGAUGAUCUGAUCAGCAGGUUGCUACCCGCUUUCGGUCCAGAGGAACCACCCGUCGUUCCCUCCAUAUGGAGGGCGAGUCAUGUUUCCACAGACACGUUCUUUCACAACAAGCACGGGUUCUCACACAGAAGGCCAGGGGGGUUCUCCUCGCCAAUAUUCCACUGGCAAACGCAAAGACCUCUAAAAGAACUUUGUUCCGAGCUUCAGUUCUUACCGUUCUCGAUCCAAAGUCGAGGUUUCAAGACUUACAGACUAAAGACCGGACGAAGAGAGAACGAUAACGCCCCUUCUGCACUGGGAGCUUUGGAAAACGUCUUUGAGAAGAUUGUGAAUUUGGAAAGAACCCCACAAAUGCAGUCCAUGGAAGAACUUAUGAAAUACAAGAACAUCCCUGUGAGCCAACAUGAGGCCUUCAAGUCGGGCUUCACCGAGGGCUUUGUGAAAUCUCAAAGCAUUGUACUGAAAUCACAAGAAGGCUCGAGGAAAUUCAGGCUGGUUUUGUUGGUGUGUUUGCUGAUGGCCUUAUUUGUUGUUGCAAAAGCCCCCUUUUUCCCGGGUAAAGGCUCCUUUACCGACGCAGUGAGGUUCCGCACCGGUCUCCUGGGCUCGGCCAUCGACCCUACGCAAAUAAAUGUGACAUUCGAGCACGUUAAAGGAGUCGACGAGGCAAAGAAUGAGUUGCAGGACGUUGUGGAGUUCCUCAAGAACCCUAAGAAGUUCACAGUUCUGGGUGGGAAGCUGCCCAAAGGGAUCCUCCUGGUUGGGCCGCCCGGCACCGGCAAGACCCUCAUGGCCCGAGCUGUUGCCGGUGAGGCGGAUGUACCCUUCUACUACGCCUCUGGGUCUGAGUUUGAUGAGAUGUUUGUGGGUAUUGGCGCCAGCCGGAUCAGGAACCUCUUUAAGGAGGCGAAAAAUAACGCCCCUUGUGUCAUCUUCAUUGAUGAACUGGACAGCGUCGGCGGGAAGAGAAUCGAGUCUCCCAUACAUCCCUACUCCAGACAAACCAUCAACCAGUUGCUGGCUGAAAUGGAUGGCUUCAAGCCAAAUGAGGGCGUCAUCGUCAUCGGCGCGACCAACUUUGCCGAGGCUCUGGAUAACGCACUGAUCCGACCGGGCAGGUUUGACAUGCAGGUGACCGUCCCUCGACCGGACGUCAAGGGAAGGACAGAGAUCCUCAACUGGUACCUCACCAAGAUCAAAGUGGACUCUGGGGUCAACGCUGAGGUCAUCGCUCGAGGCACGGUGGGCUUCUCGGGGGCGGAGCUAGAGAACCUAGUCAACCAGGCCGCCUUAAAGGCGGCGGUUGAUGAGAAAGAGUGGGUCACCAUGAAAGAUCUGGAGUUCGCUAAGGACAAGAUCCUCAUGGGCCCCGAGAGGAGGAGCGUGGAGAUCGAUAAGCAGAACAAGACCAUCACGGCCUACCACGAGUCGGGUCACGCAAUCGUGGCGUACUACACCAAAGACGCCAUGCCCAUCAACAAGGCCACCAUCAUGCCUCGGGGAGCAACACUAGGCCACGUGUCCCUCCUCCCGGAAAACGACCGCUGGAGCGAGACCAGAGCUCAGCUGCUGGCUCAGAUGGACGUCAGCAUGGGCGGUCGCGUGGCAGAGGAGCUCAUCUUUGGCCACGACUACAUCACCACAGGCGCCUCCAGCGACUUUGACGGAGCGACCAAAAUAGCCAAUAUGAUGGUCACCAGGUUUGGCAUGAGCAGCAAGCUGGGCAUCAUGACUUACAGCGAUGUGUCCAAGCAGAGCCCUGAGACACAAGCCGCCAUCGAACAGGAAGUUCGGUUGUUACUGAAGGACUCGUACGAACGCGCUAAAAACAUCCUGAAGACGUACAAAAAUGAGCACGAGAAGCUGGCCAACGCCCUCCUCAGAUACGAGACUCUGGACGCCAAGGAGAUCCAAAUGGUGUUGGAGGGCAAACCGCUGGACAUCUAGACUGACUUAUGUACAUAAAACAAUGCUGGGAUUAAUUUACUCAAAGUAGUCUAUUUUUUUUAAAGAAUGUGUGAUUGGAUGAACAAGCUAGAGUUUCACCAUGAAUUAAAAGCAUUGAUGGUGCUUUCAUUUAUUUAUAAUGGAACCUUCAAGUACCUCAAAUACAAACCCCGUUUCCAUAUGAGUUGGGAAUUUGUGUUAGAUGUAAAUACAAACGGAAUACAAUGAUUUGCAAAUCAUUUUCAACCCAUAUUCAGUUGAAUAUGCUACAAAGACAACAUAUUUGAUGUUCAAACUGAAAAAACUUUUAUUUUUUUGCAAAUAAUCAUUAACUUUAGAAUUUGAUGCCAGCAACACAUGACAAAGAAGUUGGGAAAUGUGGCAAUAAAUACUGAUAAAGUUGAGGAAUGCUCAUCGAACACUUAUAUGGAACAUACCACAGGUGUGCAGGCUAUUUGGGAACAGGUGGGUGCCAUGAUUGGGUAUAAAAGCAGCUUCCAUGAAAUGCUAAGUAAUUGACAAACAAGGAUGGGGUGAGGGUCACCACUUUGUAAGCAAAUUGUCGAACAGUUUUAGAAAAACAUUUCUCCACGAGCUAUUGCAAGGAAUUUAGGGAUUUUACCAUCUACGGUCUGUUAAAUCAUCAAAAAGUUCAGAGAAUCUGGAGAAAUCACUGCACGUAAGCGAUGAUAUCACAGACUUUAUAUCCCUCAGGCGGUACUACAUCAAAAAACCGACAGUGUGUAAAGGAUAUCACCACAUGGGCUCAGGAACACUUCAUAAAACCACUGUCAGUAACUACAGUUGGUCGCUACAUCUGUAAGUGCAAGUUAAAACUUUACUAUACAAAACCAAACCCAUUUAUCAACAAAAUCCUGAAAUGCCGCCGGCAUGGCUGGGCCCGAGCUCACCUAAGAUGGACUGAUGCAAAGUGGAAAGGUGUUGUGUGGUCUGACAAGUCCAGAUUUCAAAUUAUAUUUGGAAACAGAAGACGUGGUGUCCUCCAAAACAAAGAGGAAAAUAACCAUUCGGAUUGUUAUAGGCGCAAAGUUCAAAAGCCAGCAUCUGUGAUGGUAUGGGGGUGUAUUAGUGCCCAAAGCAUGGGUAACUUACACAUAUGUGAAGGCACCAUUAAUGCUGAAGUGUCCAUACAGAUUUUGGAGCAACAUAUGUUGUCAUCCGAGCAACGUUAUCAUGGACGCCCCUGCUUAUUUCAGCAAGACAAAUGUUACAACAGCGUGGCUUUGUAAAAAGAGAGUGCGGGUACUUUCCUGACCCACCCGCAGCCCAGACCUGUCUCCCAUCGAAAAUGUGUGGAGCAUUAUGAAGCGUAAAAUACGACAGCAGACUGUUGAACGACUAAAGCUCUACAUAAAACAAGAAUGGGAAAGAAUUCCACUUUCAAAGCUUCAACAAUUAGUUUCCUCAGUUCCCAAACGUUUGAGUGUUGUUAAAUGAAAAGACGAUGUAACACAGUGGUUAACAUGUCCUUUCCCCUACUACUUUGGCACGUGUUGAAGCCAUGAAAUUUUGAGUUAAUUAUUAUUUGCAACAAAAAAUAAAGUUUGAGUUUGAACAUCAAAUACUUUACUUUGUAGUGCAUUCAAUUGAAUAUGGAUUGAAAAGGAUUUGCAAAUCAUUGUAUUCCGUUUAUAUUUACAUUAUACACAAUUUCCAAACUCAUAUGGAAACGGGGUUUGUAGAACGUAUUAGUCACGGUUGCAUGUGCUUUAUUUUUGUCCGUAUGUAUAGUUAUUCUUUUUUUUUUUUCAAUUGUUGGACUUCUAAUGAGAUGAAAUGUGUAAAUAAGCGUGUAUGUCCUGAUGCGCAGAAAUAAAGGUCACUUGUUCAAAGUCA